AUGGCGGGAGGCUCUUUCCAGAUUGCAAAGCGCUUGUGCCGUUCCGGGUUAAUCCUCAAGCACCUCUACGUGUACCAGAAGCUAAUGAGGGCAUAUUGCUUUCUGAAACUCAGGAAGUCGCGGACAACGGAUCAGCGACUGAUUUGUAGCCUGGACGAACUGUGUUGUAUUCAUAGACAAAGACAAGGGGAAUCUCUCUCAUCGAAGAUCAGCCAAAUCACAAUGUUACUCAAAAAUCUAGGUCUAACCAUAAACGAGAAAAAAUCACAGCUUGAACCUUCACAAGUAGUGGAAUUUCUCGGGAUGACUAUCAAUUCAUUAAGUUUUGAACUCUCGCGUCCAGAUCAAAAGAUAGCAACCAUUUGUCAAGCUGCCAAAAAAAUGCGGAAGCGGAGAAAAGUCACUCUUCGCGAAGUCGCUAGCUUUAUUGGACAAGUCAACUCAGUAAGCAUGGCAGCAAGUAUUGCUGUACUAUUUCUCCGACCUCUUCAGAUGUGGCUAGGCAGUUUCCCUCUGAAGAAUGCGAGCGACUAUAAGACUUUAGGGCACGCCUACUCAGAAAGAUGGCACCCGCGCAGCCGACUUGGCCGUCGGGUAGCUCGUGAGCCCAUCCUUCAUGAAGAUGAGUCACUCACUGUUACAUCAGACGCGUCAAAUAUGGGAUGGGGUGCAAUAUGCGCAUACGGCAGUACUAGUGGGAAGUGGAAACCCUCAGAACUAGAGUGGCACAUAAACGAGAGAGAGUUAGCAGCUUGUAUACUGGGCUUACGCUGUUUCGCAGACAAGCUUCGCCAUUGCACCAUUCGCGUGCAGCUGGACAACACAACAGCGGUCUGGUAUAUAAAUAAGAAAGGAGGAACCAGAAGUGCACGUUUGAACAAGCUAACGCGCUUAUUGUGGCUAUGGGCCUUGAAACGUCACCUGAAACUGCUGGCCUCAUACAAGCCAGGGGUACAGAACGUUGAAGCAGACCUCCUUUCGAGGAGAUCGAAUGACUCUUCCGAUUAUUCUCUUGAUGGUAAAACAACCAUGUUACUGUUUGCAAAGUGGGGCGUACCUAAGAUAGACCUUUUCGCCUCCCGGUGGAACAACAAAUGUCAGAAAUACUUCUCAUUCUUUCCAGAUCCGGGCGCAGCGGGCGUAGACGCUUUCGCUCAAGACUGGUCGGAGACUUACGGCUACGCCUUUCCGCCAUUCAAUCUAGUAGGGAAGACAAUCAGAAAAGCCCUGAAAGAGAAGGCACGCUUGAUUCUGGUGUGCCCCAUGUGGAAAAAUCAAAGUUGGUGGCCACUAGUAAUGGAGCACGGCAAAGAGAUCACGCCGUUGAUAUCAGACCGGAACCUUUUGACAGAUUCCAGCGGGUCUCCUCACCCAUGCCUCAAAUCUCCCUCCUUCCAUUUGAUAGCAUGCAUCAUUUAG